UGUUACCUUUUAUUUUCUACAACGUGUUUUGGCCUUAUAAUUGUAAACAUUUCUCAUGUGUAUGUUUUACAUAAAACAAGAAGAUAUUAUUUAUUAGAUGUUUAUUCACAUCUUGUAAGGGCACAUCGCACACAUUUUUUUUCUUUCUAUUGGUGCAUUUGCCAUUUUGUUUUCGUGUAAGCCGCCUUUUAGCACAGCACGUGGGAGACCCGACAUUUUACAAGUUGUAAACAACCCACGACAUGAGGAUAGCCAAACUUGUACUUGAUGAUGGAAACUGUUAUGAGGGUCAUCAGUUUGGAGCAACGACGUCGGUGUCAGGAGAAGUCGUAUUUCAGACUGGAAUGGUGGGUUACCCCGAGUCGCUGACCGAUCCUUCGUACCAGAAACAGAUUCUCGUGUUAACGUACCCACUGAUUGGAAACUAUGGGAUAGCUGAUGACAGCGAGGAUGAGUUUGGUCUCAAGCGGUGGUUUGAGUCGUCAGAAAUCCAUGUCGCAGCUCUGGUUAUUGGCGACCUCACUGAGAAGUACAGUCACUGGAGUGCUGUGAAGUCACUGUCAACAUGGCUCACUGAACAAAAUAUACCAGCCAUUUGGGGAGUUGAUACUCGUGCAAUAACUAAAAGAAUCCGAGAGCAUGGAACAAUGCUUGGAAAACUUGUUAUUGAUGGAACUGACCCAGACAUGGUUAAAAUGACUGACCCUAACCAAAUCCAUCUUGUUGGUGAAGUGUCAUUGAAGGCGCCUCGUAUCUACAACCCAGAUGGCAAAAUAAAAAUCAUGGCAGUGGACUGCGGAAUAAAAAACAACCAGAUUCGCUGUCUCUGUCAGCGUGGGGCGUCCGUUACUGUGGUACCUUGGAACCAUCCAAUCAGAAGUUCAGAGUAUGAUGGGCUUUUCCUCAGCAACGGACCAGGAAACCCUGAAAUGUGUGACGUCACUAUUAACAACAUCCGGAGAAUCGUUGGUGUCGAGUGCAAGCCAGUGUUUGGCAUUUGUCUCGGCCACCAACUUCUUUCUCUGGCCGUUGGUGCUAAAACCUUCAAGAUGAAAUAUGGCAACAGGGGCCACAACCAGCCGUGUGUGUACGAGGACACGAUUCGAUGCUACAUCACCACUCAGAAUCACGGCUUCGCUGUGGAUGCCGAGACUUUACCCUCUGACUGGCUGCCAUUGUUUACAAAUGCUAACGACAAGACGAAUGAAGGAAUCAUUCACAGAAGCAAACCUUUUUUCAGUGUACAGUUUCACCCAGAACACAUGGCUGGUCCCCAGGAUUUGGAGAUGUUGUUUGACGUCUUUCUCGACCAAGUGACGGCUCACAAACAAGGAGAAACCAGCCCGUCUGUGAAGGAACGAUUACACUCAAGACUGAAAAGUACCCAGUGUCCAACAAGAAUCCCAGAGAACGCUCGACCACAGAAAGUUCUGAUUCUUGGUUCAGGCGGACUUUCGAUUGGCCAGGCUGGAGAAUUCGACUACUCAGGAUCUCAGGCGAUCAAGGCUUUGAAGGAAGAGAAAAUUGUGACAGUGUUGAUAAAUCCAAACAUCGCCACUGUACAAACAUCGAAAGGUCUUGCUGACAAGGUGUACUUCCUGCCAAUUAGACCAGACUAUGUCACACAGGUUAUAAAAAGUGAACGUCCCGAUGGUGUGCUGUUGACAUUUGGGGGUCAGACUGCACUGAAUUGUGGGAUACAGCUGACUGCGACUGGAGUGUUUGAGAAGUACAAUGUGCGUGUUCUUGGCACGCCGGUGUCUUCUAUAGAGUGGACGGAAGACCGGAAGAUGUUCAACGAGAAAAUGGAAGAAAUUAAUGAACAUGUUGCAGCCAGUGAGGCAGCUUUCAGUGUUGAUCAGGUGGUGCAGGCAGCAGAAAGACUGGGCUACCCAGUGAUGAUCCGGGCAGCGUUUGCUCUUGGCGGGCUAGGCUCAGGGUUUGCCGACAACAGGGAGGAGCUGCUUACCCUUGCCACUGCAACGUUUGCUCACACCAGUCAGGUCCAGGUCGACAAGUCUCUGAGAGGGUGGAAGGAAGUGGAGUAUGAAGUCGUACGAGAUGCCUACGAUAACUGCAUCACGGUGUGUAACAUGGAGAACGUGGAUCCACUCGGCAUCCACACGGGAGAGUCGAUUGUUGUGGCUCCGAGCCAGACGCUGACCAACGCAGAGUACAACAUGCUGCGGACGACGGCCAUCAAGGUGAUCCGGCACAUCGGAGUGGUGGGCGAAUGUAACAUCCAGUAUGCCCUCAACCCGCUCUCCCAACAGUAUUACAUCAUUGAAGUGAAUGCCAGACUUUCUCGUAGUUCGGCUCUAGCUAGUAAAGCGACUGGUUAUCCCCUGGCGUACGUCGCUGCAAAGCUGUCGCUGGGAAUUCCACUGUCACAACUAACAAACUCUGUCACCAACUCCACUACAGCAUGCUUUGAACCAAGUUUGGAUUACUGUGUUGUCAAAAUACCCAGGUGGGAUCUGGCCAAGUUCAGUCGAGUUUCUACCAAGAUUGGCAGCUCUAUGAAGAGCGUGGGAGAAGUGAUGGCGAUUGGCCGGAAGUUUGAAGAAGCCUUUCAGAAAGCUCUGCGUAUGAUGGAUGAGACUGUCAAGGGAUUCGAUCCGUACCUGCAGAACUGGUCAGAGGAGGAGCUGAAGAACCCGACAGACAAGCGUAUCUUCGUGAUCGCAGCCGCGCUUCGGCAGAACUACACGGUGGAUAAACUGUACGAACUCACCAAGAUCGACCACUGGUUCCUACACAAGUUCAAAAACAUCAUCAACCACAUCACCAUCAUGGAGAACUAUAAGAAGAAAACAAACCAGUUACCAAGGGAGAUCAUUCUGACUGCCAAACAACUUGGCUUUUCCGAUUCCCAAAUUGCAGUGGUGGUUGAAAGCACUGAAUUAUUUAUCCGCAAGUCUCGCCGCGACCAGGAAAUCCUGCCGUUUGUGAAGCAGAUUGACACGGUGGCGGCCGAGUGGCCGGCUCAGACGAACUAUCUUUACUUGACGUACAACGGCAGUGAGCACGACUUGUCCUUCCCCGGGGGAUACAUCAUGGUGCUGGGGUCUGGCGUGUACCGCAUCGGCAGCAGCGUGGAGUUUGACUGGUGUGCAGUCAACUGUAUCAGACAGAUCAGAAAGAUGGGCAAGAAGACGAUAAUGGUGAAUUACAACCCAGAAACAGUCAGCACAGACUACGACAUGUGUGACCGUCUCUACUUUGAUGAAAUCUCAUUUGAGACGGUGAUGGACAUCUAUUCCCUUGAGAACCCGGAAGGAAUCAUCCUAUCAAUGGGUGGACAGCUGCCCAACAACAUUGCCAUGGAUCUCUAUAGACAGCAGGCUCACAUCCUUGGUACCUGUGCUGAAAGUAUUGAUAAUGCAGAGAAUCGGUUCAAGUUCUCUCGCAUGUUGGACAACAUGGGAAUCUGUCAACCUCUGUGGAAGGAGCUCUCCACAGUGGAGAGUGCUACAAACUUUUGUUUAGAAGUUGGUUUCCCUUGCCUGGUACGACCGUCUUAUGUGUUGAGUGGUGCUGCGAUGAAUGUCGCGUACACAGCACGGGACCUGGAGACAUAUCUGUCACAAGCCAGCGCCGUGUGUAGAGAACACCCAGUUGUCAUUUCAAAGUUCAUACUUGAGGCAAAGGAAAUUGAUGUGGACGCUGUAGCCUGUGAAGGGGAGGUAAUCUGCAUGGCGGUGUCAGAACAUGUGGAGAACGCAGGAGUCCAUUCAGGGGACGCAACUCUGGUGACACCACCACAGGAUUUGAACGACGAGACGCUGGCAAAAAUAAAAGCAAUCUGUUGUGCAAUAAGUCGAGCUCUGGAGGUCACUGGGCCUUUUAAUCUGCAAGUCAUUGCCAAGGACAACCAGCUCAAAGUGAUUGAGUGCAAUCUCCGAGUCUCCCGAUCAUUUCCCUUUGUUUCAAAAGCUUUGGAUCUUGACUUCAUUGCCGUGGCAACACGUCUGAUAAUGGGCGACUCGAUGGAUCCCAUUGAUGUGAUACACGGUUGUGGAAAAGUUGCAGUCAAGGUUCCAGUGUUUUCUUUCUCCCGCCUCCGUGGAGCGGAUGUUUUGCUUGGUGUCGAGAUGGCCAGCACGGGCGAGGUGGUUGGGUUUGGAGAAGACCGAUAUGAAGCCUACCUGAAAGGCCAGAUCAGCACUGGCUUUAAAAUACCUCGCAAGAACAUCCUGCUUUCUAUCGGCAGUUACAAGUACAAAUUGGAACUGAUUCCGACAGUGAAGACUCUGCUGGAACUGGGCUAUGAUUUGUUCGCCAGCAUGGGAACUGCAGACUUCUACAAUGAACAUGGUUUCAAGGUAAGUGCCAUUGACUGGCCUUAUGAAGAUAACGGAGACAGCAAGAAUGGCUUUGAGCAGGGCACAAUCGCGAAGUACCUGGCAGAGAACAUGUUUGACCUCGUGAUCAACCUGCCGUUGCGUAGCAGCGGGGCGCACAAAGCGUCGUCGUUCAUGACGCAGGGCUACAAGACUCGUCGCAUGGCCGUCGACUACUCCGUCCCCCUCAUCACUGACGUCAAGUGUACCAAGCUCUUUGUGGAGGCACUGAAACGUUUGAAAACUGCUCCUCCCAUGAAGACACACAUAGACUGCAUUUCAUCUCAGAAGGUUAUCCGAUUACCAGGUUUGAUCGAUGUCCAUGUGCACGUCCGAGAGCCAGGAGCCACUCACAAAGAGGACUGGUCCUCUGCGACGUCUGCGGCCUUGGCAGGGGGGAUAACUAUGAUUCUGGCCAUGCCAAACACCAAUCCUCCCACUAUUGACCAAUCGGCCUUUAAUCUCACUAGAAAGUUAGCCUCUGAGAAUGCUCGUUGUGACUUCGGUGUGUAUGUUGGAGCGAGUGCAGACAAUGCCCAGACGUUGCCGUUGAUUGACGGAAUGGCAGCUGGUCUGAAGAUGUACCUCAACGAAACAUUCACGUCCCUCAAACUCAACGACAUCACUGUGUGGAUGAAGCACUUCGAGCACUGGCCGAAGAACCUUCCCCUGUGUGUCCACGCUGAGGAGACUACCACCGCAGCAGUUAUUCUUUUAAGUGAUCUCCACCAGCGACCAGUGCACAUCUGCCAUGUCGCACGCAAGUCAGAGAUUAUGCUAAUCCGUGCUGCCAAAGAACGUGGUCUGCAAGUAACCUGCGAGGUUGCCCCUCAUCACCUUUUCCUGACCUCUGAUGAUUUGAAGGUCAUUGGUGAAGGUCGUGGACAGGUCCGACCUAGAUUGUGCUCAAAGGAAGACCAGCAGGCAUUGUGGGAAAACAUGGAUAUCAUCGACUGCUUUGCAACUGAUCAUGCCCCCCACACUGUGGAGGAAAAGGACAGUGGCAACCCACCGCCCGGCUUCCCCGGCCUGGAGACCAUGCUGCCUCUCCUACUGACCGCGGUCACAGAAGGACGGAUCACAAUAGAGGAUAUUGUGUCUAGAUUACACACGAACCCACAGCGGAUCUUCAAUCUGCCAGAACAGGACGACACGUACAUUGAAGUGGACCUGGACAGUGAGUGGAUCAUCCCAAAGGCCAUGAAGUUUACCAAGUCUAAGUGGACGCCAUUUGCUGGGAUGAGUGUGCAUGGGAAAGUUCUCCGUGUUGUUCUCAGGGGAGAAGUUGUGUACAUUGACGGGGAGGUGCUGGCACCCCCUGGCAGUGGUAUUGAUGUCCGAUCCAUUCCCAAAGCAUUGGUGUCUACUAACAAGGAGACGACCCAACUGACCAUCAGCAUUCCAUCAGUCUCACAACCACCCUCCGAACCAUCCAGUCCUCGCAAAAUAUUCUCUCAAGACAAACUCAUGGUCCAGCCGCGGACAGCGAGAACAGCAGAAUCUGGCCAUUCUUUUCAUUAUAGCCAAGACCAUGUCCAUUCUGAUCAUAAAGCAGUAACUUUGAGACCACCUACGGCCCACCCCAUUGACAUUAUUCCAGAUUUCUGCGUGAGUCACAGCAAAGAGUUGAUGCAGCCAAUCGGAUUACCGCACUACAUAUCGGGUUUAACGGGACACCACGUCAUGUCUGUGAUGAACUUCACUCGCGAGCAGCUUCACCAGCUGUUCAACCUGGCCCACAAUUUCCGUGUUUCCGUCAUGAGAGACAGACCACUGGACCACAUUCUAAAGGGUAAAGUGAUGGCAUCCAUGUUUUUUGAGCCGAGCACUCGGACGAGCUGUUCAUUCACCGCGGCCAUGCAGCGACUUGGCGGGUCGGUCUUACACUUUACCGAGGCCACGUCCUCCGCAACGAAGGGGGAGACUCUCUCAGAUACUGUGGAAAUGAUGUCAGCGUACUCUGAUCUGAUAGUAAUUCGUCACCCAAAACCUGGCGCAGUCAUGUCUGUUGCAGACACCUGCCAGAAGCCGGUGAUAAACGGAGGGGAUGGGACAGGUGAACACCCCACACAAGCUCUACUCGACGUGUUCACCAUCCGGGAGGAGAUUGGGACAGUCAACGGUCUCACGAUAACCAUGGUAGGAGACCUGAAGAAUGGCCGUACAGUUCACUCGCUGGCCCGCCUCCUGACCCUGUACCGGGUCAACCUGCGCUACGUGUCGCCAGAUUCCCUCGGAAUGCCUGACAAUGUUAAAGAGCUGGUGGCCUCACGAGGGAUCCCACAAAAGCAGUUUUCUACCCUGGAGGAGGCGGUUCCUGAGACUGACGUCUUGUAUAUGACUCGAAUUCAGAAGGAAAGAUUUUCUUCCUUGGAUGAAUAUGAAAAGGCCUGUGGCCAGUUUGUCGUGACCCCAGAGCUGAUGACGAAGGCAAAGAAGAAGAUGGUUGUCAUGCAUCCUCUCCCACGAGUCUUUGAAAUCAGCUCCAGCUUUGACUCUGAUCCUCGGGCGGCGUAUUUCCGGCAGGCCGAAAAUGGAAUGUAUGUGAGGAUGUCUCUCCUGGCCUUGGUGCUGGGCAAGUGUUAGGUGGUGUUACUGCUCGGACUUACUGAAAACGGA